AUGUUGAGCGGUUUGGCCGUCGUUGUUGUGCUGGUGGCCGCCACAUUUUGCCAUGUCUCGCCGCCGAUGCUUCUUGGAAGGCCCAGAGAUGGGCUUUUGGUGGGUUUCGCGAAACUCAUUAUGGAUUGGAAAUUGAGCUGUGAAACUCUUCAAGAACAGACUUGGCCGACGUUUCUUUCUCUUUUUUUGUUUUGAUACAAUUUUAAUUAAAUAAAAUCUCAUAGAAAUGCUCGCAAAAAGCAGACUUGUGCGAGGGCCGGCCGGUCAGCCUAACGGCCCCCCGUACAAUUUCAAGCCCGGCCCGGCCUAAGAAGGGCCUCAAGGAAAAAUGGCCGGCCCGGCCCAAAAAGCUCAAAUUUUUUUCAUUUUAAACUUUUCGCCUUUUUAACGAAAAAGUGGGUUUUUCUGCUUUUUGUUUUCCUCAUGGAGUUAUUAGAAACUAUGAUGCAACAUGUAAAAACCAAUUUUUUUCGGUGAAAAUUUUUUUAGUAAUGAAACAAAUGAAUUCUUUUCGAAGCCCGCGCAGGCUUUUUUUUUUCAAAUAAAAGCCCAAAGCACGGGCCGCCCGGCCUGACUCACAAGCCUGGCAAAAAGAGAAAAAAAUUUGGAAAAAAAUAUAUAUCAGCAAAAGCUUUGGCGAAAGGCGCUCCAUCGCAAAAAGUACGUCACCUUGAUCAGAUUUUUUUAACCAUUUCCAGGCUUGUGCGUCAGGCCGGGCGGCCCGGGCUUCGGGCCUUAAUUUCAGGAAAAAAAGCCCGCGUGGGCUCGGGCCGGGGCGAGCUUCAAAAAAAAAUUUUUUUAAUUUCAUUUGAAAAAAAUUUUCACUUAAACGUGACUUCUACUUCUGAAAUCAUAGUUUUUGUUAAACUUUAAGUGAAAAAAAUGAGCAAAAAAACAUAAUUUUUUUGUCGUAAAAAAACUUGAUAUAUUCGACUAGAAAAAAAUUGCGCGCUUCGGGCCGGCGGGCCAUUUUUUUCUUGAGGCCCCUCUAAGGCCGGGCCGGGAGGGUGACGGGCCUGCCCUCGCACAAGCCUGACCAUUUCAACUCAAGUUUGCAAAGUUUUUUAAUUUUUCUCUCUUCUCGAGAAGAGAUCUCUGCAACAGCAUCUUUCUAGAAAAAAAGAAAUUUCUAUUAGCAACAUGAUUUGGCAAAACAUUUUUUUAUUCGCUGUUCUAUACAUGCUCUGCCUUUUUCUCGUAUCUUCUAAGAACGAACCUUUUCUGAUUGUUUUCCUUUUUUUGAAAUUUUUUUUUAUUUUCAAUUUUUCGAAUAAACUCGCAAUAUGAAGCGCUUUGGCGUUCUUUUGCUUAAGCAUCCAGUUACUAAAUCUAAAAAAAAAUAUUUUUCUAUUUGAGAAACUUGUUCCCUUUUAUAUUCAAAUUCUCCUCCCAAUUUAUGCGCUUUAUAGAAUAUUUUAUAUCAACAAAAAAAUAUAGACAAUAAAAGUUUUAUGACUAAUUAUUCUCUCUUUUUUAGGGUGCCGAUCCAGCCGACGGACCUCAGUCCGAGAGCAAAUAUCUCAACUAUUCGUUCAUCGUUCAGCAAGUAGACCAUUUCAACGAUAGCAACACAAAAACAUGGAAACAAGUAUUAUUUUCUGAAAGUGCGAAAAGCAUAAGAAAUUUGUUAAGCGCUAUCAAUUCAACAGGAAGUUCUACAACAGCAAGACUGGCUACAUCUUCUUGAUGAUCGGCGGCGAAGGUUAGUUCUUGUGGAAAGAGAAAACUUGGUUUUGAGCCGAAUUUUACAAAAUUUAUUUCUGUUAUCUACCUAUGUUUUUCAUGACAUUUCGAGCUUUCCGCGCUGAUUUGGAAAAAAAACUUAGAAUGAAAUUUUUUCUGUUUUCGUUCUGCCAGAUCAAUUAUUUUUACGAUGACAAAGUUCAACACUUUUUAGGCUCUAUCAACGGAACCAACGGUGAUAAGUGGGUUCGAAGCGAAAACGUAACGAUGAUGAAAUGGGCGGCCGAGUUUGGUGCCGCCGCUUUUCAAGUCGAGCACAGGUUCUAUGGAAGCAAGGAUUACUCGCCCAUUGGGUAAGAAUAUAACUUGGAUAAAACAGAAAACAGUUUCUUUCAAGUUAUUUAACUUCAUGAGAAAUAAAAAUGACGUUUUACCUUUAGAUCAAUCUUGCCGGAAUUACUGAUUUUUCAAAGAAAAUAAGUUUCAAAACUCAGAUGGAAUUUAUACUUCACCUGUAAGUUUUACAUCUUCAGAGACCAGACCACGGCCUCUCUGAAACUUCUGACGAUCGACCAAGCUCUGGCCGACAUCAAGGAGUUCAUCAACCAAAUGAACGCUUUGUAUUUUCCCAAUGAUAAACCAAUCUGGGUGACUUUUGGCGGAUCUUACCCAGGUAUUUAUUAACCAUUCCAACAUAUCAUAAUCUUGAGUCAACAAUUUCAAGGUUCCCUGUCGGCGUGGUUCCGAGAAACUUAUCCCGAAAUGACCGCCGGAGCCGUUUCGACUUCUUCGGCCGUUCAUGUUUUUGUUGAUUAUUACGGUAGGUUUGAGGGAAACGUUUCUACGUGAGACGGGAGAAAAAGAUAAUACGAUUAGAAAGUUGAUAAAAAAAAGUUUUUGUUUGAUCAAUGAGUUUCUCAAGAAGAUUAGUGGUGAUUAAAACAAGUUUCGGUCAUGUGUUACUGAAAUAUUCAGAUUACAAAGAAUGGGGGUUUUCGAGGGUCUAAAAUCCUUCGAAAGGCUUAUUAUAGGGUGAAAUCUCUUUGGUCGUUCGCACUAUACAACACUUAUGAUUUCAUGUUCAACAAUUUAACUUUGCGAAAACAAUCUUUUAGGUUAUGCAAUCAACACCGAAAAGACGUACCGAACGGUGAGCGACAAUUGCGCCAACGUCAUCGGCAAGGCCUUCAAGGACCUCAUUACCAUUGCUUACAAUGGAUCAGACUCCCGAAAAGGCCUCAAAGCGAGAUUCAAGUCUUUAUUUUUCAAAGUUGCCUCAAUAAAAUUUCAUUUUUUAGCCUUUGCGACGACUUUGACGAGUCGAACGUCGCCAAGUCCGUUCAGAACUUUUUCCAAAACGUCUACGGUUAUUUCCAAGGCAUCAACCAGUACACCGGAGAUAACAGAGUGGGGAGUAUUCUUGAGAUGUCUUGUUAGAGACAUUUUCAGAACAACGCGACGAGGUCUGGACUGGGAGUUCCAGCCGCCUGCCAAAUUUUAAACAGCGGCCAGCCUGGCAGCGAAAUCGACAGUGUCAUAAAAGUUGUGAGUUGUUGAAAAAAAUGAUUGAAAAGUUAGUCAGAAGCCUUGAAUCUUUAGGAAACCAGGGGUCGUAGGUAACUGGAAUGAAAGGAAUUGUUUUCGAGUUUUCAAGUGUUCGAACAUUUUUUCUUUUUUCUUAAACUUUUCUAUCCUCUUGCCUUUUUAGGUCAAUUGGAAACCUUUUUUGCUGAUUUCUAUUAUUUGAAAUAGCUCAAAGACCCUCUUAUCUGAUUAUCCAGUUUAUCUUCUAAUAAAACCACGAAAUUUGUCUUUCCUCGGUAUUUUUUCCCUGGAUUCAGCUCACGGCUUACCUUUUAAAUCGCAACAUUUCCGAGUGGGGGUAAACAGUCGUUUAAAAACAAAAUUCAUUCAACCCGAGCUUUACCGACAUCGCGAAAUGCGCUUUAGCGAAAUUAGAGUGAUUUUCAUUUGCUUCACUUUCACGAAGCUCUGAAGUUUCUACAGACUAAACUAGCUGAACAUUUCAGGUACUAUUUUGACUAAAAUUCAAAGAAUUAAAUUUCAGUUGAAUCUUUACGAUUCCUGGUAUGCUCCGAGCGACAACGGCUGCCGUCCCAACAGCUACAAAAACUUCGUCAACGCUUAUAAGGACACUUCUAUGCCCAACGAUGACGUCAGUAUGUGGAUGUGGAUUGAUUUCAUCGAUUCUUUCGAAUUUUUGCCAGUUUCGACAAGAAGUUGGCUCUGGCAGACAUGCACGGAGCUCGGCUACUUCCAAACGACAGACGGAGGAAACGGAGGGAUCUUCGGAAGUACAGUUCCUUUGGAGUGAGUUCAGUUGAUGCACAGUGAAUUUUUGAUGGUUUUUCAGUUUCUUCUCAGACCAAUGUAUCGAUUUGUUUGGCAAUGAUUUCACUUUGGACAACACCUUCAAUCUGGUGGCGGCAGUUCGAGCCAAGUAUGGUGGCGCCGACAAUUACAAGGUGGCUAAUUGAGGGAUUUUUGUUGCUCUCAAUUUUUCAGUUUCGUAAUAGUAAACUUUUUUCGAUAUAGGGAACGAAAGCAGUGUUCCCCAACGGAUCAUUCGAUCCUUGGCAAGGUCUCGGACUCCUUCUUCCAGUCGCCUCGAAUGGCGUCGACGCCUUCAUGAUCAAUGGUAUCAUUAAUUUUUUUCAUUUAUUGAUGGGAAAAACGACGUAAUAUUCGAGAAUUCUUGAAUUUUAUUUUUUUAAAGCUUUGAAAAAAAUAAGAUUUUUUUCAAGGAAAAAAACUCGCCAGAAAGUUCUUUAAAAAAAUUUAAGGUCUGAACCUUUUUUUCUAUAAUAUAACUGUUUCUAGAUGAGAUGCGAAAUUUUCUGUGUCAAUUUUAAUUUGAGUCACCCCCAAUAAAAACUAUGAAAAAGGAGAAAAAAUGAGAAAAAAAGGUUUUGCAUCAUGUCGCUAAACUCGCGCAAAAAAGCCUACGCCUAACCGAUUUAGAAAGAAUGGCAUGCGUUGAUCACCUUAUUCGUAAUAGGAUGGGAAACGCCAUUUUUAACUUCUGAAUCCGAAGGCCAAUUCAUGUUUUCUAAAGGCACGGCCCACUGCGCUGACAUGUACCCGGCUCGAGAUUCGGACCCGCAGUCGCUGAAAGACGCACGAAUCAAGAUCCACGACCAUCUGAAGUCGUGGCUCCAGGAUGCUCAGGCCGUCAGAACAGGUACCUAGAGAAAUGUCGGCUAAAUCAUCUCUCUCCGAUUUCCAGGCUCUUCCGGCUCGUUGACGAUCUUCUCUGCCCUUCUUGUUCUACUUCUAUCGUUGUUCAAUUUCUAA